AUUCUCGAACUGGUCGAGCAGCUUCGCGUUUCAGCAGAGCGGAGGAGCUGCAGGACGUGCCCAGCAUCCCGCUGCAAAGUUUCUCUGAAGGACACCCCCAGCUCGAGGAGCCUCCUGCUGACCACUUCUUACCCGUGGGGUGAACUAAGACUGAGGCAUGGAUGUAAAGAACAUGCGAGAGUACAUGGGCUGGCUGUACUACCAGUACCUCCUGAUCACGGGCAUCUACGUGCUGGAGCCCUGGGAGAAGUCCAUCUUCAACACAGUCCUUUUCACCAUGGUGGCCAUGGUGGUCUACACCUCCUACGUCUUCGUGCCCAUCCACGUGCGCCUGGCCUUGGAGUUCUUCUCCGGAUUGUGCGGGGAGCAGCCUGAAAGUACAGUAGCGCUGAUGAACUGAAAAAAAAAA